AUGACCUCUGGAACACGACUGGCUCGUCUUCAGGAUGGCGAAGUACGAAGGUCGACCUCGCCUCAUCUGCGAAAGGCGAUUUUAAGGGGUUGUGUUCCUGUGGCUCAUCCAAUUACUGGGAAGGUCUCCAAUUUCUGCUCCAAUGACGAGCUUUGGAACACGACGACUGUCGACUCUAAUUGGCGGCAAGCGAAAGUCGAUCUAACUUCAGCACAUAAGAGUGACUUUAAGUCUCUUAGUGCCAACGUCAAGAUUUGGAACACGUCGUCACUCCACAAUCGGGGGUCCGGUUGGAGGCAGUCAAAAGUUGACCUCAACGGCACAGGUGUGGGUGAUUUCAAGGGAAACUUACCCCCUUUUGGUAGGCCUUUGUGCUUGUCUCUCUCCAAUUACCCUCAUCUUAGUGCCAACGUUGACCUUUGGAAUACAACAGCAAUCCAGGCUUCAGGCUCUGACUGGAAAAUGUCUAAAGUUGACCUCCAAACAAAUAACACGGGUGACUUCAAGGUUCGUGAAACUGUUGUCUCCGAAUUCACAGCCCACUAA